UUCCACUUAUAACUCUCGGCUCGGCGGGGCAACGCGCAAUCCGAUGGCAACGCACCGAGGAGACGUCUUCGCAGGUCUGAAGUUUGUUGCAAAACUCUAAAACAUUCCCCCCCUCCUCCUCCUCCUCCUCCUCCUCCUGACAGGACCCCGGACAGCUUCUACCCGGCGCCCGGGCAUUUGGAUUUAUUUUAAAAGAGCCAGCCUGGAGAAAAAUUGAAGGUGUUUCAUUUCCAGACAAACUGAGACGUGACCUCUUCAUGCCCUCCCAGACAACCCUCCGAACCUCUGUUUGACUCCACCUCUUCUUCUCCUGUCUGUGUGGCGCCCGGUGCUCCCCAGGCUACCUAGAGAGCGGACACAGCGCCAUGGUAACUCACAGCAAGUUUGACUCCGCAAUGAGCAGCAGCCUCGUGGACUCCAACAUGCGGCUGCCUCACCGUUACAAGACUUUCACCUCCAAGACGCAGUACCAGAUGGUCCUCACCACGCUCCACAAGCUCCAGGAGAGUGGGUUCUACUGGGGCGCCAUCACCGGGAAGGAGGCCAACGCCAUGCUGGCAGCCGAGCCCACCGGCACCUUCCUGAUCCGGGACAGCUCCGACAACCGGCACUUGUUCGCCCUCAGCGUCAAGACGGCAUCAGGCACCAAGAAUCUGCGCAUCCAAUGUGACUCUUCUUUUUACCUGCAGACAGAUCCUAAGAACAUUCAAUCUGUUCCCCACUUUGACUGCGUGCUGAAGCUGGUCCACUACUACAUGCCUCAGAGCAAGGGGAACACUCGCAGUGGGAUUAUAUACUACAUUUACUCUGGAGGAGAGAAGAUCCCUCUGGAGCUCAUCAAACCUCUCAGCUGCAGCUUGUCCACCUUGCAGCACCUGUGCAGGAAAACAGUCAAUGGACAUUUGGACAUUUCUUCUAAAAGAGACCAGCUUCCACAUCCACUUAAGGAGUUCCUCCAGGAGUACGACGCUCCUAUCUAGAGGUGUUGGACUGAUGUGCUCUUGAAGGAGCAGAGACUUAAGAGUGUAACAAAGAAUCUGGAUGGUUUCAGUACAGCUAUGUUUGACGGCAUGUGCUGUGUCUGAGGAGUAAUGAUUAAGCAGAGACAAGAGAGUCAAGCCCGGGACUGAGCUUGUGAAAAGGAGCAGUUUUGUACUGACAAGAUGUGUGUAGUUCACAGAGAAAAGUGGGCACCCAUAAAGGUCCACAUUUCUUGGAGAGACACUGGAUUGAUGAGGACUAAUACACAAAGAUGGCCAAGAAGAGAAAAAAAUCUCUGCUGUAAUCGGGUGGUGGGAAAGCGAGAUACCCCCGUCAUCCUCCUCUGCCUCACUGAUGACGUACAAAUUACUGAAAACUGAAGUGAGGCUCACAGUCAGCUGUCUACAGUUUGAUGACGCACAGGUUCCCUCUGCUGCUGCUGCUGCUAACCGAUGUGCUGUGUGGCUGUCGGGCUCAUGUACGUCAGCCUGAGAAAGUCAUCCAUCCAUUAAAGCAGGUCUGGCUUUUACCAUCAGACUGGCUUUUUUGCUGACAUUGGAUGAUAAUUUUGGACGUUUUAGACAUGUCCAUCCAGCAACCUGGGAUCUCUGAGCAAGUGUACGCCGGAAAUUGACAGACAAUGGAAACUAGCAGUACAAAACAGGACCCUGAUGACCCGUCUGCGUGCAUAUUUGUGCCAGCCAUGAUGAGAAAGUGCUGAACUUUUUACCUGAAUACUAUAAGAUAUUUUAAGACCAUAAAAUGUGGAAAGAAGAUAUGUUUUUGAUUUUCUGUUUAGAGGAAGUUUUUCUUUUUGCCAAACUUGCCUGAACUGGAGAACAGUUCGUUUGAAGACCAACAUGAUUGAAUCCUACAGGAUCUUAAUUGAGAGAAUUUAUUAAUCCUAAGAGUCAGAAGUUUGUACGGCAUCAGUGGUGAGGAAAUUCAGACCAAAAGAUGUGGUAGUGUCUGUGGCACACACAGGUUCUUCACUGUUUGCAAAUGAAUGUAUUAACUAUGGUAUCUCUCUUUUUUCCUAAUAAGGAGAGGAGUCAAAAUGUAUCUUUUCCUUAAAACAAUGUUUACAUGAGUGCAGAUAAAAAGGUAAAUCUGUCAGUGUGCUGUCUUUUGUAAAGAUGUACCUUUUCCAGCCAAACCACUGGCUGUGGAUGCUUGAAGAUAUUUGAGAAGUUUGUCGAAGCAAGCAGAUUGAUACAACUUUGCACUUAUUUAUAUUUGUAAGAACAAUUCAUUAAUUUAUAAUAAAGAGCACUAUUUUUCUAUGAAAUGA